AUGGGGGACGCGGCCAGAGUCAACCUCAACUCGCCGGUUUUCAAAUUUCUCGUCGCCAGCAAGAACGACCGGUAUGAUCCUGCAUUGCAAGCAGAAUGGACCGCGAGGAAACUCGUCUGGGUCCCGCACGACUCACAAGGAUUCUGCGCGGCGUCGAUUCGAGGGGAACGCGGCGACGAGCUCGAAGUGGAAUUGGUUGAGACCGCGAAAAAAAUGGUCGUCAGUCGGGACGACAUCCAGAAAAUGAAUCCCCCGAACUUCGACAGAGUUGACGACAUGGCCGACUUGACAUGUCUCAACGAAGCCUGUGUGCUCCACAACAUCAAAGAGAGAUACUACUCAGGACUAAUCUACACAUACUCCGGCCUGUUCUGCGUGGUGGUCAACCCCUACAAGAAGCUUCCGAUUUACACGGAUCAGCUCAUGGAGGGCUACAAGGGCCGCAAGAAGCAAGAGGUGCCGCCGCACAUUUACGCAGUAGCGGAUUCCUCAUACAGGCACAUGCUGCAGGACAAAGAGGAUCAGAGUAUCUUGUGUACCGGCGAAUCCGGCGCCGGCAAAACAGAAAACACGAAGAAAGUCAUUCAAUAUCUAGCCUUCGUUGCCGCUCCGAAACCCAGACAAAAUUCGUCCGCCUCGUCGACGUUGCAUUCGCCCCCUGCGAUCAACAUGACGGAGUUGGAACGACAGCUACUCCAGGCCAAUCCCAUCCUCGAAGCGUUCGGUAACGCCAAGACUGUCAAGAACGACAAUUCUUCCAGAUUUGGCAAGUUCAUCCGAAUCAACUUCGACGCAUCGGGUUACAUCAGCGGCGCCAACAUUGAAACCUAUCUCCUGGAAAAGUCGCGAGCCAUCCGACAGGCCAAGGACGAAAGGUCGUUCCACAUCUUCUAUCAACUACUGGCUGGCGCUUCGAUGGAACAAAUCAAAGAACUGCUUCUUGAAGACGUCGGGGCCUACGAAUUCCUCUCGCAAGGGAACGUCACGAUCCCCGGCGUCGAGGAACAAGAAGAGUUCAGGACUACGGUGCAAGCCAUGCAGAUCAUGGGUUUCACGCCGGACGAUAUAAAGAGCAUCUUCAAGAUUCUCUCCGCUGUACUUCUGUUCGGCAACAUGCACUUCAAGCAGGAACGUAACUCUGACCAAGCCACGUUACCUGAUAAUCGCGUCGCUCAGAAAGUAUCGCAUUUGUUAGGAAUCGGUCUACUCGAAAUGAGCAAGGCUUUCCUCAAGCCCAAAAUGAAAGUAGGGAGAGAAAUGGUGAACAAAGCGCAGACGAAAGAACAAUGCGAAUUCGCCGUCGAAGCGAUCGCCAAGGCGCUUUACGAGCGCCUCUUCAAAUGGAUUGUCCACCGGAUAAAUAGAUCGCUUGACCGUAGCACCCGUCAGGGCACUUCAUUCAUUGGAAUUCUCGACAUCGCCGGAUUCGAAAUCUUUGGCGUGAACUCCUUUGAACAGCUGUGCAUCAACUACACGAACGAGAAGCUUCAGCAACUUUUCAACCACACGAUGUUCAUCCUAGAGCAAGAAGAGUAUCAGGCGGAGGGUAUCGAGUGGAAAUUCAUCGAUUUCGGUCUCGACCUCCAGCCAACGAUCGACCUGAUCGACAACCGAUCAGGAAUCCUCGCCAUCCUAGACGAAGAGUGCAUUUACCCGAAAGCGACCGAUCGCACGUUCGUAGAGAAACUGCAGAGCGGUCACGAAACGCAUCCGAAGUUCAUCAAGAGCGAUCGCAUUCGAUCGGGAAUCGCCGACGCCGACUUCAGCAUCGUGCACUACGCCGGGAGCGUCGUGUACUCCGCAAGCCAGUGGCUCGAGAAAAACAUGGACCCCCUGAAUGACAACGUCGUCCAGAUUCUCCAACAGUCACAGGACCCGUUCGUAGCCGCAUUGUGGAAGGACGCCGAAAUCAUCUCGAUGGGAGCCACCCUCGACGGCACCUUCGGCCCAGCGAGGGCGCGAAAGGGAAUGAUGCGAACCGUAGCCAUGCUGUACAAAGAACAGUUGGCCAAGCUCAUGGUCACCCUUAGCAAUACGAAUGCCAAUUUCGUGCGCUGUAUAAUCCCCAAUCACGAGAAGAAGGCGGGCCGGAUCGACCCGCCCCUCGUUCUGGAUCAGCUGCGCUGUAACGGAGUGUUAGAAGGCAUUCGAAUCUGUCGCCAGGGCUUCCCGAACCGCAUCCCUUUCAGCGAGUUCCGUCAGCGGUACGAGUUGUUGACACCGAACGUAAUUCCUAAGGGGUAUAUGGACGGAAAGUCCGCCGUCGAGAAAAUGGUCAAAGCACUCGAGCUGGACAACAAUCUUUUCCGAAUCGGAAAGUCGAAAAUCUUCUUCCGUACCGGCGUCCUAGCCGGACUCGAAGAGGAACGCGAUAUGAAAAUCUCGGAUCUCAUCAUCCAAUUCCAGGCGUACUGUCGAGGUCUACUCGCCCGCCGCAUGUACCAGAAACGCACCAUGCAAUUGAAUGCCAUUCGUAUAAUUCAACGGAAUUGCGCGAGUUAUCUGAAGCUCCGCAAUUGGCCCUGGUGGCGACUUUACACCAAAGUCAAACCUCUCCUCCAGGUCACCAAGCAGGAGGAGAAGUUGAACGCUAAGGACGAAGAGCUCAAACAGGUCAAGGACAAAUUCGACAAGGCUCAGCAGGAGAUGAAGGAAAUGGAACGAUCUCUCCAGCAGGCCGUCGAGGAGAAGGCUACGCUGAGCGAACAGCUCCAGAACGAGACCGAGCUGUGCGCAGAAGCCGAAGAGAUCCGCAUGCGCCUGCUCACCAAGAAGCAAGAGCUGGAGGAGUGUUGUCACGAGCUAGAGAGCCGACUGGAAGAGGAGGAGGAGAAGAUCCAGGCGCUGAUGAACGACAAGAAGAAGCUCCAGCAGAACAUCACCGACCUAGAGGAACAGCUCGAAGAGGAGGAAGGGCAGCGACAGAAGCUCCAAAUCGAAAAGUACGCACUCGAUGGAAAAAUAAAAAAACUCGAGGAAGGCUAUGCCGUUCUCGAAGACUCCAACCAGAAGUUCCUGAAAGAGAAGAAAAUGAUGGACGAUCGACUGAAAGACGUCGAGCAGACCCUGCAAGAAGAGGAAGAGAAGUGCAAACAGCUGUCCAAGUUGAAGGCGAAGCAGGAAGCCACGAUCGUCGAUCUUGAAGAGAGACUCCGUAAGGAACAAGAUGUCCGACAGGAACUCGAGAGAGCCAAGCGAAAACUCGAUACCGAGGUGAACGACAUCAAAGAGCAGCUCAACGAGAAGAAAGCUCAGCUCGAGGAAAUGCAACUCCAGCUGAGCAAGAAGGAGGAGGAGCUCAACCAAGCCCUCGUCCGCUGCGACGAGGAAACCCUUGCCAAAUCCCAGGCCCAGAAAGCUCUUCGGGAACUCGAAUCGCAGAUGGGUGAUAUCCAAGAGGACCUGGAGUCGGAGAAAGCUGCCCGACAGAAGAGUGAAAAACAGAAGCGAGACCUCAACGAGGAACUGGAGCGGCUCAAGAACGAGCUUCUCGACUCGCUGGACUCCACGGCCACUCAGAAAGAGUUGCAGAAACAGCGUGAACACGAAGUGGCCGCGCUGAAGAAAACACUCGAAGACGAGAUGUCCGUGAAAGACAGUCAGUUCGCCGAUCUUCGGGCCAAACACCACCAGACCGUUGAGCAGCUAAACGAGCAAACCGAAUCGUUGAAGAAAGCCAAACUCAACCUGGAGAAGACCAAACAGAAUCUCGAGGCCGAGAACAUCGACAUGGCCAACGAGAUCAAGGGUCAUAUCGCAGCUAGACAAGAAUCAGAGCGGAAGAGAAAGGCUCUGGAGCAUCAGCUCCAGGAGGCGUCCGCGAAAGUCGCCGACGCUGAGCGCCUCAAGCAGGACGCCCUGGAGAGAUGCAGCAAACUCCAGGCCGAACUGGAGUCUGUAUCUGCUCAGUUAGAGGAACUAGACAAGCGUGCCACGGCCGGUCUGAAGAACUCUUCGAAUCUGGAAGCUCAGCUCGCCGAAGUUCAGGAGCUGCUCGAGGAGGAAACCAAACAGAAGUUGGCCCUCAGCGGGAAACUCCGUCUUUUGGAAGCUGAGAAACAGCGACUGCAAGAUCAACUCGAUGAAGAAGAGGGGGCCAAGCGAACCAUGGAUAAACAGAUCCAAGUUCUCCAAGCACAGAUCGGGGAAGCCAAGAAGAAGAGCGAUGAGGAAUGGGAACAAAUGCUGGAGGAACAGCGGAAAAAGUUCUCCAAGGAGCUCGAAUCAGCGAACGCUCGCGUCGCCGAACACCUCGCACAGGUCGACAAAGUCGACAAGAGCAAGCGGAAGCUCAUGGCCGAAGUUGAAGACCUCAACAUCGAACUCGACUCCACGAGGUCCAAGGUUACCGAGCUCGAAAAGAAACAGCGGAAGUUCGAUUCGAUCCUCGCCGAGGAAAAAGCCCACACGGAACGCGUCUUGGCUGAAAAAGAUCAAGCCGAGCGAGAGUGCCGCGAGAAAGAAACGAAACUUCUAGCGCUCACCCGCGACCUUGAAGACAAAGAAAUUCUCAUAGAACAGCUUGAGACCGCACGGCGUUCGCAGGCGGCUGAGCUCGAGUCCUUGAUGAGCACACAAGGCAGCGCCGACCGAAAUCUUCACGAGUUGGAAAAAGCCAAACGCAACCUCGAAGGUCAAUUGACCGCUCAGAAGCAACGCCUCGAAGAGCUCGAGGACGAACUUCAGUUGUCCGAGGAUGCGAAAUUGCGCGUGGAAGUAAACUUGCAAGCAAUAAAGGCCCAGUUCGAGAGAGAUAUGGCCGCCAGGGAUGACCAGGCCGAGGAGAAGAGGAGAAAUCUCCUGAAGAAUAUUCGCGACCUCGAGAGCGAACUCGACGAGGAGCGUAAGCAAAGGUCCGCUACCCAAGCUCACCGCAAGAAGCUCGAAGCCGACAUCAACGACAUGGGGCACCAACUCGAGUUGGCCAACAAGAGUAAGGAAGACGCCAACCGGGCUUUCAAGAAGAUGGCAGCUCAACUGAAAGACUUCCAACGAGACUACGAGGAGGCUAGAGCCGGCAAAGAAGAGCUAAUCGCAAACGCGAAGGACGCCGAGAAGCGAGCCAAGCUGCUCGAGGCUGAAGUCGUCCAGCUGCAGGAAGAUCUCCAGUCGUCCGAGCGGGCGAGACGCGCCGCCGAAUCCGAACGGAACGAUCUGCAAGAAGAGCUCUCGACCACAGGAGGUCGGGGGAGCUUUUUGGCUGAAGAGAAGAAGAAACUCGAAGCUAAGAUCAACCAAUUGGAAGAGGAUCUCGAAGAGGAACAAUCCAACGGAGAGAUCCUCGUCGAGAAAAUGCGCAAGGUGCAAAACCAGGUCGAGACCGUCAAUGCCGAGCUGGCGACAGAAAGGAACACUUCGGCUCGACUGGAGAAUUCCAACGCCGCUCUGGAGCGCCAAAUCAAAGAACUGCGCGCCAAACUUCAAGAAGCCGAGACUUCUCAGCGAAGCAAAAUUAAAAGCGCUACCGCUCAACUCGAAGCGCGAAACGCCAAACUCGAAGAACAGCUCGACCUCGCCGAGCAAGAGAAGCAGACCGCCCAGAGGCUAGCCAGAAAGCUCGAGAAGAGAAUGAGAGACGCCGUGAGCCAGGUGGAUGAAGAGCGUAGCAACAACGAGCACACCAAGGAUCAGCUGGAAAAGAUGUCUGUACGGCUACGAGCUGCACAGAGGCAGUUCGAAGAGAUCGAUGAGGAGAACUCUCGAGAGAAAGCCCAUCGAAGAAAGCUGCAACGAGAACUCGUUGAGCUCCAGGAGCAGAACGACAAGUUGACGGCAGACCUGAACAACACCCGGGCGAAACUGCGCCGAGCGGGUGGCGGACUAUUCAAGGGAUCUACUCCUUCGAGGGGCGACGAGAGCCCCGUUUCUCUGCCUGACGACAGCUUGGCAAGUUCCGAAGACGGGCAGAUCCAAUAGAAGCCUUCUUCGCUUUCCCCUGUCGCGGCGGAAGCACAGCGACGUUCCCCCUACAGAAGGGCGAAUGAGAAUCGAUUCGUUGUCUGCAAUGAUGCCAAGUGACUUCAACCUACUACUAUCACUACUACGUGUACUCCACAAUGUAUCGCAAUGCCAACGAGAGAGACAAGGACGAGAACAUGGGACAUGUUGCAGCAGACGAACGGGAGAGACGACUGUUAUCGAGAACUUUUUUUUCGGAAGACUGAUGAUGAAUAUAUUACCUACAGCAGCACUUAUUAGGGAAACUCCUCUUGACUGAACUUCUUAAUAUAAAUUGGUCAUCUUUAUAACU